AUGGAAGGACUUGUUAAUUAUAGCAGCGAAGACGAGCAGGAGGAGACGAUGGAUCGUAUAACAGCUGAACGCGCAAGCGGCGGGCGUAGCCCUGGAAAAUCACGGCGUUCCUAUGGCAUGGACUCGAGCAUGAUGCGCGAUGGCAGUGGUGGCGGUAGUGCACGCGGCACACCUACUGCACGCAGAGAUGAGGAUUCACAAAGGCAGAAGGCUUCCUAUGGUAGCGCCAGUAGGUCUACAUCGUCUGCAUUGCCUAGCCGCGACAAACAGCGUGACAACCGUGAUAACAGACGAGAUAGUCGUGACGUUGUACGUGACCAUCGAGACGAAAGGGAGCCGAGGGACACACGACACUCGAAAGAUAAUAAUCGAUUUGACUACAAGGAUUCACAAAGGCAGAAGGCUUCCUAUGGUAGCGCCAGUAGGUCUACAUCGUCUGCAUUGCCUAGCCGCGACAAACAGCGUGACAACCGUGAUAACAGACGAGAUAGUCGUGACGUUGUACGUGACCAUCGAGACGAAAGGGAGCCGAGGGACACACGUUACUCGAAAGAUAAUAAUCGAUUUGACCACAAGGGCGAUCGUUCGCGCACAAGAGAAUACCAAAAUGAUUAUAAGCGGGAACGUGACAGCCAUGAUAACCGUAGACCUCCUCGCGAAGACGAUCGUUAUCGUCCCUCCUCUUCUUCUUCUUCUUCAUACAAGAAUAGUCGUCAUAGCGGCAAUGGCCAAUGA